GCAUCAACCACCUUCGCCGCGCGACCGGAACAAGGAACAAGUGAACCACAAUACCUGCAAAACAAAAGAUGGGCGAUGAACGGGACCGCGAUUACAUUGGAUUCGCGACGCUUCCCGAUCAGGUGCACAGGAAGUCGGUGAAGAGGGGCUUCGACUUCACGCUGAUGGUGGUUGGAGAGUCGGGUCUAGGAAAAUCCACGCUGAUCAACAGCCUCUUCCUGGGAGAUCUCUACAAGAACAGGAACGUUCCCGAUGUCACCGGGCGCCUCGCCAAAACCACGGCCAUCGAGAAGAAGACCAUGGAAAUUGAAGAAAGAGGUGUUAAAUUAAGGUAAGCAUUGUUACAUCUAUGUUACCUUU